AUGGAUGCAAACAACAACAUAUUCAUUCUAGCAUUUGGGAUAGGAGACUCGGAGAAAAUGGCUUGCUCUUGGGAAUGGUUCUUCACAAAACUAAGGGAAACAUUCGGAGAUAGAGAAGGUUUGACAAUAAUAUCAGACAGGCAUAAGAGUAUAGAGAAGGCGGUGAGCAGUGUCUACCCAAACCACUUCCACGGAGCAUGCAUCUUCCACCUGCUAAACAACAUCAAAACCAACUUUGGAGUACAUGGAGAUGAUCUGACCAUAAACUUUGUAAAGGCAGCAAAGACGUACAAGCUCACCUCAUUCGAGAGAUACAUGGCAGAGAUAGAUAGAAUAGACAAACGAAUAAGACCAUACCUUGAGAGAAUUGGACAUGAGGUUUGGACCAGGAGCCACUGUCCUACAAGAAGAUACACAAUGAUGACUUCAAACAUAGCAGAAUCAAUAAAUUCGGCGAUCCUAGCUGCAAGAUCAUUACCUAUAACAACAAUGAUUGAGUGCUUCAGAAGCCUUGUACAAAAAUGGGUGUGGAAAAAUGGCAAUGAAGCACAUGGAAUAUUUACUGAAGUAGCAUCAGAUGCUGAAAAACUACUGAGAGACAACCUGCUUAAAGCAAUAAAAUACCAGGUCAUCGCAAUCACAACAAUCCAGUACCAAGUAAAGGUGCAAGAAAAAGGUGAUUUCACAAUCAACAUAUUGGAAAGAACAUGCAGCUGCAGAAGGUUCCAACUAGAUGAGAUACCAUGCUCACAUGCAAUAGCUGUAUUUGCAAAAAGAGGAUUAAGAGCUUAUGACUAUGUUGCCGAUUAUUACAAAACAGCAACAAUGAAGGCAACCUAUGAAAGAACUGUACAUCCUCUACCAAAUGAAAGAGAAUGGACUAUACCUGAGAGCAUGGAGAGAAUAGUGUGGCCACCAAAAUCAAGAAAACCAGCCGGGAGACCUAGAAAGAAAAGAAUAAGAUCAAAAGGAGAACCAAAAGUUGUCUUGAAAUGUACAAGGUGCGGAAAAGUUGGCCACAACCGAAGAACGUGCAAUAACCCACAGCUUUACAAACCACCAAAACAGAAUAACAAUAGCAACGAGUCAAAGAAGAAUGAAUGA